AUGGGGGCUGCUAGGGGUAAAAACUGGCAGCAGAUGAAAAGAUUGGCUGAGGAUCGUGGCGAGUGGAGACGCUGGGCCGAGGAAUCUUCAAACCACCCUACGCUCACAUACAAGAAACACAAUGUAUUUCUAUUAGCUGACGAGGUUGAUAGAGUGGAAAUAGCUAAUGAUAUUCUUGAAGUACUUGAAGAACCUAGAACAAUUCUAAAUCCUGAUAACUUCACAAGCACAGAAGGACUCUUCUUGUUUUUUGGGAAAAAGGGAUACUCAUACGUGGAUGUUCUACACAAGAUGAAGAUUAAUUACAGAUCGCAGUUCUUGAUUGUCUGGACUCAACCAGAUGCAAGACUUGUUGAGGUUCAGCAAACGUUCGAUGAUUUUUGGGCGUUUGAGAUUGUCAAGGUGGCAUCGUUGGUGGAAAUGAAAUAUGGGAGUAUAUAUUUGUACACCUAUCACCCUUACACUGCAACCAGAUGCUCAGAUACUGGGCCUCCAAUAUUCCUGGACUCUUGGGACACCAAAACAAAAUCGUUUGUCAAGAAAGCUGACAUAUUUGCAUCUAAAAAAGUUUCCAACCUUCAGAAAUGUAAUCUGCUCUGCUCUGGAACUCACAAUCCACCUGAUUCGAUAGUUAUCAAAAAUGGGGAGAACGACUAUGAGUUCGGUGGAAUUGGUGGCAUGAUUUUCAAGUUUACCGCCAAUCACUUGAAUUUCACUCCAGUUGUGACACGGAUCAGUGAUACUACAAACAGUUAUGAAGGUGCAUACUCCAACGACACAUCAGUUCUGGGGAAGGAUAUCCUGUCGCGGAAAAUUGACAUUGGGUUUGGAAAAUUUUCAACAGCAUCUGACAUGAGUGACGGCAUCAGUUUUGCAAAAGAACUGGAGAUGGAUUGCUUCACAUGGGCUGUUCCGUGGAGAGCUGGAGAGUCGCCUCCAGUUUGGAAGAAAUAUGUGGAUGAGUUCUACUCAGAAGUGUGGAUCCUGAUAUUUGUGUCAUUACAGGAAACACUUCAAGGAUACAACAUUCCUGAUGAUUUUGUGUUCUCCACGUUUCUGGGCUCAGCAAUUAAAAUUAUCACACGCAGCACCCCUACAAGAAGCUUCCUAUCUUUCUGGCUGCUGUAUAGUUUCGUGAUUGUUACAGCAUACCAGGCAGCUUUGGGGAGUAUUGUGACGAUCCCUGCAGAAAUCCUGAACCUCGACUCAGUGACUGAUGUUCUCAACUCAAAGUUCAGCAUCACUGGAAGUCCUCAGAUGUACUACGUCCUCAACUCUUCAUCCUCAACCAAUCCGAACAUCAGGGAACUUGUGAAGAGGUUUGAGGUUUUGCCACCAGGGGAUUUUCUUCCAGUUAUGAAACGAGUUGUCACUGACAGAGACGUUGCAGUGUUUGCUGAGAAACGAUUCUUACUGUACUCCAACACACAGUUGAAAGAUCUGAAUGUGACAGGAUCUGCACAUGUCAUGCCCGAAUGCCUCAUAAAACUACCAUCCUCACCAAUGCUGCUGAGAAGCGGAUCUCCUUACCAGAUUCCAAUAGAUACAACUAUCACAAGAUUGUUGGAGUCUGGCAUCAUUGCUCAUUGGUCAGCUCUAGAUCAUUCUCUGGAGAAUCGCUCGGGUCGCUCUGCUUUUUCUGAGUUGGAUUUCAUCACAUUGAGAGGUGCAUUCAGCGUAUGGCUCUUUGGCAACAGCUUGGCUUUUCUGUGUUUCUUAUUUGAGGUUUUCACUGAGAAAUGGUUCAAGAAAUAUGAAGUGGUUGACAUAAGAGUUGGAGCCAAUCAACUACCAUUUAUAAAUUGA